GUUAAGGCAGGGAUUAACUGGCCUGAAGAGGGCAGAGAGUCUACUUCUACUGCUAGCAGUAGUGUCACGGUAUUCCGAGUCAUGUUUCAGUCGCUUCCCGUGUGUGCUCAAGGUUCUUCGCAAUGCCCAGCCGGUGCCUGUUAUUCUCCCGGUGCCCGCUUCUCGGUCUGUACCAGUCGAUUCCUCCAGCCGCGUACAUGCAGUUGCCGCUCGCGGUUACGCAGUUGCGAUGAUUCCCGCAUCCGUCUCCAGAAGAAGUUCCGCUUUCUCUCCCGUUCCACGGCUGUCACGAACAUAUCUGGCAGGUGUGAUCGGACUGUGUCUCGUUCAAAUCAAUGGCAUAGAUUGAAGUAGCAGCGCCUAGUCGCCGAGACCGCGGCAGUGCUGACCGUGCU